AUGAGAGAUAAUGGUUAUCGUCGUCCAUUAGAAGAUCUUUCAAAUCAUACACGUACACAGCGUUCACGAUCUCCGGUCGAUCGAGGUACGUUAAUUAAUGAAGAUAAAGAAGAAUUUAGUGAGAGACGAAAUGAAUUUGAAAUUCAAGAGACAUCAGAACUAGACGCAUAUCAAGAUGGAAGUCAAACUCAACGUCCAUCUGAAAUGAUUUAUGAGAAUGAAAAUCUGUUGGAUAUUACUGGCACAAGUUACGGUGAUUAUGCCAGAAAGUUAAUGAAAAAACUAUUUACAGAAAAGGAAUUAAAAGUCGUAUUUUACCCCCGACCCGAAAGUAUUUAA